AUGAGAUUUGGCCACAAUGAGCAGGGACCGGAAACGUCAUCCAACGCUCAGGGGGGGGAGCCAAGCGACGGGGGUAUUGGGGGCCGGCCUCACGAGGGGCGGUUCCGGCCACAGGUGUUACCAGCGGGGGGUCCGAGUGAGGACGAGAAAUUGCGGCGGACAGGGGGGUUGCUGACGGGGCAGGUCAGCCUAGGAAGCCUCCGGCGGUUCCACGAGGUCCAGCCCCCCCGCGACCGGAGUCGAGAUGAGAGGUUCCAGGGAGGGGGGCAAGGACGAAGCAGGGACGGAGGGGGGGGAGAGAGGACCAGGGAUGGCGGGGUGCAGGAAGAAGGGGCACGAAAUAGAGAUGAGGGCUUUCCAGAAGGGGGCCAGGGCAGGAACAGAGAGGAAGAGUUGCUGAAAGGGGGCCAAGUAAGAGGCAGGCCAGAGGGGGCGGAUGUGGAGAUGCAUGAAGGAGGGGGUUCAGGAGGUGGGGCUGGAGGGGGGGCUCGAUGGGGGGCGCGGUUGCCACCCGCUGAGGGGCACAAACGGGACAGACAAGGGAUCCCCCUGAACCUGGAAGAGAGGCCCGAGGAGCCGCAAGAGGAUGGCGAGGGGGACGAAGGGGCGCGGUCGCAGCACAGUGGCUCAUCAGGUGCGGAUCUGUCGCGGGAGUCGACUUCAAAAGGAGGAGCGCCGGGGCGGGAGAAACCCCUCCAAUCAGGCACAAACAGCGAAGAGACGUCAGUCGGCGGACGUAACUUCGAGUGCACUUUCUGCCAACGGCGCUUCUCCAGCAGUCAGGCUCUUGGCGGUCACCAGAACGCGCACAAGCGCGAGCGCAUCCAGGCGAAGCGCCACCAAACCCUUGCGUCGCGCCAGUCUGCCCUGGCCGCCCAACAACACUUCCCCGCCGACCGCCGCCCGCGGUUAGCCACCAACCCGGCCCCGAACCCUUACCCUCAACCCGACUCCAACUUCCCCUUCCCGGCGGGCGCCGAAACGCUCCAGCCGCAAAUACCGCUACCAUUACCGAUGCCGUUCAACCCGUUUGCGCGGCCUCCUUGGAACCCAUACCAGGCGUUCGAAAAUCUGCAGAAGCCUAACCCCCUCCAGAUGCCCGGUGCGCGGCCGCCGGGCAUGCCCCCCUGGCCGUUUAUGGGUCAGCCCCCGCCGGGUUACUUUAACCAGGUGGGCAGCGCCGAGGCCGCAGCAGUGGCUGCUGCCUCCGCCGCCGUUGCACUCUUCAACUACAACCAGCAGGCGGGCCUUAACCCGCAGUUCAGCCCGCCCUUUAACCCGGAGGGUUAUCCCAGCCCGGGGAGAAUGAACCCAGGGGCCGCGUUGCAAACCACCCCCGAAAUGGUCGCGGCGUACCAACGCCGGGGGGACGAAGCGAGAAACGGAGACGACACUGCCGCGCCCCAGUCUUUCGGAGGCGCUUCGAAUAUGGGCGCUCGGUCGAUGCCAAUCGCGCCUCCCGGGGGGCCCCCCAAUCCGCUCCGGGGGGAUCCCCCGAGGCAGCCCCAGGCUCGACCACCAGGGCUCGAAGCGCCCGGGUUUAACCCCCUGGUUAACGUCAACCAGGGUGCCGUUCCGUGGUUUGGCCCGCUUGGGGGAGGGGCAGGGGACUCUCUGGGGCCGCACGGCUCUCGCCCCGGGGGGGUGCAGCAGCAGCCCGUUGGCCCCCCCCUCGGAACUCAAUACCCGGGCUUGCCCCCCGGAACGGGGAUGCCGUUUCCGCCGCAGCUUGGGGGAGCCUUGAACCAGCCUUGGCCUGCGGCGCUUCUUUCCACCGUUGGGGGGGGUAACCAGUUUCGUGUCCCGGGGGUGUAUCCGAACUUGGCGCAGAUGGCGCAACUUUCGGGUCAGCAAGGGUAUGGGCCGUUCCCCUCGGGCCAACACCGGGGGGGGGUACCUCGGGGACCGGACCUAGAGAGAGAAGAGGGGCCAACUGAGCAGCAGGCUGCCGCGCCGUUGGGCCAGUCUGGGGGACGGGGAGAAGAGGAACCGGCGGAUGACGAGCUAGACCUUGACCUAGGGCUUGCACCAAAGCAGCCAAAGGGGAAGCUUUGGAAGUAGGGGUCGCGAAUGAGAUUGGGGAUACGGGUAACGAGGCACGGGGGGAGGCUUGUCAGAGGUCGUUUGGUUGCGGGAAGGUUUCGGUCAUGCUGUGCGUCAGCAGAUGAGAGUGGCGGUUUUGGGGGGCGUGGCAAUCGAGACGGUAUGAGUGUUAAGGGACCGAAGUAAUGCGCCACAAGCAGUUGGUUUGGGAUGGACGGGUUAC